CGUGACUCACGCAGUGGCUGAUCAACCUUCCGCUUUUUCGAAAAUGUUCGAUGUCUUCGACUCGGAAGUGCCCAACUUCACAUAUAAAGGCAUACACAACGCCGAGUGUACAUGACGCCUAUGGAUUCUGACAGUUAACUUUUCACUCAUUGUUACCGUCUUCAGUCAUUUGCAAGCACAUAAAUCUCAAGGUGCAUGGACAAUCUAAGACUAAGGAACAAGCACAAUGCAACCAUUAGUAGCCACGCCUCGGAAGUUACCAGUCUUUGUGUUUCCACAAAGCAUUACAUUCUUCUUAGACAACCAGACUACCCACAAACAAGUGCUAACUUUGUAUAACCCAUAUGAUUUCCCAGUAAAAUUCAAAGUUUUAUGCACUGCACCAAACAAAUACAAGGUUGUCGAUCCAGAAGGCACAAUAAAAGCUCGAUGCUGUGUUGAUAUUGUUAUCAGACAUACAGCGCCGUUAAUAAGUAAUUGCAAUGUAAUUGAUAAGUUCAGAAUACAUAUGCAAGAACAUCCUACUAAGCAGGCAAUUGGUAAACGAGAUGUCGAAGCUAAGCUACUUUCGGGGACAAGCGAUACUGUCGGGAGGUCAACACCAGAUCCAGAUAUGUUUCAUCAACUGCCGAUUAAUGAAACAACCAGGCAACAACAAUCUUAUGCGCUUAUAAGCCAAAAUAGAGCGGUGGACAGGGGUACAAAUUAUGUAGCGCUCGUCGCGGGAAUUAUAUGCAUAGCCGGACUGCUUUUACCUACAGAAGGGGAACAGAAUAAUAGAGUGCCUGAUUAUCUCCAUCUCUCUAUGAAUUUUAAACUAAUAUUCUCGUUUGUACUAGGUAUGGUGGUAAUUAUCAUUUCAAAGAUAUAAUUCUCAGCUUUUUGUACAUAUAAAGGACAACUUUGUACACGCAAGAUAGAUUAUCGUGGGAUAAAAGCACAAUUGAUAUGAGACUUGUUUAUAUUGGGCCUCUUACGGAAUAUACCCAACUCUAGUCUAUAGACGAUAGUAUUUCAAUAUUAUAUCGUCUGAGAUAUUGAUAUUUAUUUGCUGUACAGAAAAAGUCUUAUUUUGUGUGGGGAGAGGCAUCACGAAAGCCAGUACGGUGUACGAUUCUGGCUCGUGAGCUAUAUAUAUAUUUCCAGGCCUUCUCUUCUGGGAAAAUUAACGUGAUGUUAUUACCGCGUGCUCGCGUUUAUAUACGUGCAUGUGCGUGUUUGAUGGAAGGAGAGAAAGGUGUGUGUGUGUGUGUGUGUGUGUGUGUAUGUGUGUGUGUGUGUGUGUGUGUGUGUGUGUGUG